AUGGAUGUUAAAUCUGCUUUUUUGAAUGGUUUUUUGAAAGAAGAUGCUUUUGUUGAGCAAGCCAAAGGAUUUGAGGAUCCACAUUUUCCUUAUCAUAUUUAUAGAUCUACUUCUAACUCUGAAGUGCAUGUAUUUGUCCAAGAAAUGCAACAGGAAUUUGAAAUGAGCAUGGUAGGUGAACUCACCAAUUUUUUGGGUCUUCAGGUGAAACAAUCUGAUGAUGGCACAUUUGUUUCACAAAGUAAGUAUGCAAAAAACUUGGUGAAGAAGUUUGGGCUUGAAAACGCCAAACAUACUAAUACUCCUAUGAGCACAACUUUGAAAUUAUUCAAAGAUGAACAAGGAGUGAAGGUAGAUCUUACUUUGUACCGAAGCAUGAUUGGUAGCCUACUUUAUCAUACUGCUAGUCGUCCUGAUAUAUGUUAUAGUGUUGGUGUUUGUGCUCGUUAUCAGGGAAAUCCCAUGGAAUCUCAUAUUUCAGCUAUGAAAAGAAUCAUUCGCUAUGUCAAUAGCACUGUUGAUUUUGGGAUUUGGUUUUCAAAAGACACUAACUCUAAUUUGGUGUGCUUUAGUGAUGCUGAUUGGGCAGGAAAUGCAGAUGAUUGA